AUGUUUGCUCUUACGCGCCACUUUUUUCGCGGUGUCUCGCCAGAUGAACUGCGAGUGCAGUUGCGGCUUCUUCGAGGGAUCAGAAAAGCGGCACGGAGGGAGCUUCGCCAACGGCGUUGUCGGCACCGCAGUGCUCAGCAGGAUUGCUCGGGCUUUUCCACCGCGUCAUCUUCGUCAUCGGCGUGCUCAAGUGUACAUGUGGAAUCGCUUCCUAAAAACGACGCCUUGGAAAGUGCGAUUGCUUUGGCAUUGAGUGAGAACCGGGAUGCGAGAACAGAGUUGGAGUUUACGCGUCAUUUUUUGACAGGGUCAUUUCUUUCCUUGGCGUCCCCUGUAGGCGCCUGGGACCCGUACGACACGAAGCCUCAGGUGUUCGCUCUAGACAAUUACGUUGCACUUCCUGUGUUCACUUCAUUGCCGUACUUGCGUCUCUUUUGUCGACGGUUUCAAUUUACAGUGCGUGAUCCCAGUGGGGUGCUUUGGGCGGAUGGCGUGGCCGAAGCUGCGGAGGAGGAGAAAGCUGGUGCGAAGGGUGACACGCUGCCGUUGCCGGAUGUGUCCAACAGCGGGUGGUGGGAGCGGCAGGUGCAGCGACAUCUUUUUGCUACUGCGCUCGAGCCGAUAAAGUCACCUGUCAAUGAGCAGGAAAUACAUGCAGUGGAGACGACUGGGGAGAAGGAGGAUACCUCAUGGCUGAAUGCCGAUGGUCUUUUUGCUUCCAUGGACGCCACACCCGUGGAGGACACAAGCAGCGAACAAAAGGAGGGUCGACUUCUCAAACGGAAGGGACGCACUUCUCGCGUGGGGCGUCGUCACAAGAAGACCUUAAAGAGUGGCGGCAAUGCAGGCUGCAGGCGAAUCCAGGAGGCCGGAGGAAAAACCCCGCAUGAAGGAAGUGCGGCACCGAAUCAGGACGCUCUCAAAGAGGCAUUUUGGGCUAAAGUGCGCUCCACAGCUCCGUUUUGCAUUAAGCAGGCGACACCGCUUCCGGUCUUUGGUCCGCUUUUACGUCCUUUCUUUGUUGGGUACUUCGCCGACGUUGACACGCUGCUGCACAAUGCUUCUAUUGUGCCCGAGAAUGUGGAUAUUGUGCUGAACCCCGUUUCUCCCAUUGAGUUCGUUCUCGCCCGCGAGGCGACGGAUCGUGUGCUUCACAAGGACCAGCUGCUUCAUUUGGCUUACCGACGUGUGGAGAGGGAGCUCCGCGGGGAAUUCCACCGCUUUUUUCGUUACUUAUCCCCUGAGGUGGCGUGGGCGCGAAGUGCCUGUGUUCCCUUUUCUCUGCCCGGAAGAACCGACGAGGUGAGAUAUGAGUUAGUUAUUCUUCUGCAGAGUGAUGACAUUCACCGGACCUUUUCGUCUCUUCGUGCGGCAAAGCUUCACUGCCUAUUAAUGGGGCAUACGGACCUGGACGUGUUACCGUGGGACGCGGCCGCGCCGUACGUGAGGGAGGCAUCUUCAUUGUUUUACGAACGGGGUGCGUCAAACGAUAAAAACUGCGAGUUUCAGGGUGCUCUUGGCGUCUUUGAGCAAAAGGGGCCCAUACAGACGAUCAACGUGGCGCAGCCAGCGGAGAGUUUUUAUCACGACCCUACCGCUGCGUACACAGAAAGCCAUGCCGUGUUUACCGAGGAACUGAAGCUGAAGAGGCGUGUGCGGUAG